CUCAAGUUGCCCUGUGGGUUGCAGGAUGGGCAAGUGGCAGCGCAGGGCUUGCCGGCCAUUUGCCGCGCGGCUGAGGAAGCAUUUACCCAAGACCAUUUUGGCCUGGCAGAUACCAAGAAGCUACAAGCGCUUGCGGCGAAACCGCUGCAGAGAUGCGCGGCUGCCGCUGGCACCAGAAUCUCAAGGCUUGGGCACAUGUGAGUGUUCUGGGCAAUGUGAGAUGGGAAGCUGCUUGAAUGCCAUCAUGCUGGUGGAGUGCGGAUCGAAAACUUGCAAUUUCGGGGGCAAUGCUGCGCUUUGCAGAAACCGGCAAUUUGUGGAGGCACAAGCAGGAAAGCGUGAGCACUUGAUAGAGGUAUUUUGGACAGGGGCGACCAAGGGCUACGGUUUGCGGACACUUGUCCACAUUGCCAAGGGGCAGCUGGUUGCCGAGUACAUGGGGGAAAUAGCACUCCAGUCGCGCAUCAGUGACUGGCGCUAUGUUAUGUCAUUGCCUCAAGGCUUAGCGAUUGAUGCUUCAAAGGCUGGCGGGCCUGCGCGAUUCAUCAAUCACUCCUGCGAGCCCAACUGCGUGGCGCAGCGCUGGCUGGUGAUGGGGCGCUGGCGCGUGGGCAUCUUUGCAGCUCGCGAGAUCCCGCCCUCCGAGGAGGUCACCUUCAGCUACACCAAUGGUCGUGGUGGCAGCGGGCAGCGGGUGGACCCCUGCCGCUGUGGCUCAGCACUGUGCACGGGCCGCAUCGGGCAGCCGCCUCGAAAGUCAAGAAGCGCACGGGAGCCUGGGACUGAAGGGACUGAAGUGAAGGCGGUGGCUCGGGAGUUGCUCAACGACGUUUGCAUGGAUGCGAAGGCAGACGCGGCUGAAACCAUCCAUUGCGAUGUGCUUGCAGUGCCAGAUGAGGACACAGAGGACGAGACUGAAAUGCUUUCAAGCCUUGCUCUCUCUGCUCAGAAGACUUUUUUGGAGCAGUCUGAUCAGAGCAUGCAUGGUGCGCAAUGCACAGAGUUUUGCCACAGCUUCUAUGGGUCUCCGCCGGCGUGGCAGCACUCGCCCCAGCAGGCGAAGCAGCUGCUGGAGCAACAAAGAAUUCCUGGCAGAACGGCACUCGAGGAGGGAGCGCGGUUGGGAAUUUACUUGCCGUCACAACUGAAGAUCGCCUACAGUGAAGCUCAAUUGCUGAAGCAGUGAUGUGCACUCUAGUUUCGUUUCACAUGCGAAGCAGCCGGGGUGGCUAUUGCACGAC